AUGUCUUCAAUACCUCAACUUUUCUAUCGGACGUCAAAGACCAUAGGUCUGAUAGAUUCCGCUCCCCGCUACGCCGAGGUCUCUGAUUUCCAAAAGCCCUCCGGUACAACCCGUACAUGUCGUUACUCCCCAUUCGGUGGCCUUUUUGCCUACACCACCGUCGAAUCCGUCGUCGUCGUCGAAUCCUCAACCGGUCGCUCGCUGCAGACCAUUGAACUGGCCAAUGUCUACGAGCUCGCGUUCUCGCCUAAGGGCACCUACUUAUUGACCUGGGAGCGUCCACUCAAGGUUGAAUCGGGCCAGCCUCCGCAUGCAAACUUGAAGAUUUUCGAGGUUGCUACUGGAAAUAAUCUGGCGCAGUUUGUCCAAAAGGCUCAGACAAUGGCAUUAAUAGAGAUGAAGAUAGAGAUGAAGACUUAUGGAUUGCUAAUUUUUUUGUCUAGAAACUUCCAAUUCACGUACGAUGAGAAGUUCUGCGCCCGACUUGUACCGAACGAGCUCCAGUUCUUCGAGACCUCGAAGCUAGGUUCUCCUUCGACCCAAAAGCUGAAUCUGGACGGUAUCGCAUCAUUUGCUCUCUCGCCCGGAAACAGCUAUAACGUUGCCGUCUUUGUGCCAGAGCUCAAGGGAAAGCCGGCGCUUGUCAAUGUCUACAACGCGCCCAGUUUUGCAAAGCCCUUGUCGAGCAAGUCGUUGUUCAAGGCCGAGAAAGUGGUCUUGAAAUGGAACAAGCUGGGUACGAGCUUGAUCGUCUGGUCACAGACCGAAGUCGACCAGACCGGCAAGAGUUAUUAUGGCGAGUCUAAUCUCUAUCUGCGGGGUAUCGCUGGCAACUUUGACUGCCGGAUCGAUCUCGAUAAAGAAGGUCCCAUUCACGACGUCGCCUGGUCGCCGGACUCGCGUGAGUUUGCGGUCGUGUACGGAUACAUGCCCGCGAAGACGAUGAUUUUCAACAACCGAGGCGAGACGAUUCGUACGCUGCCUCUGGGCCCGCGCAACACCAUACUCUACUCGCCACACGGCAAAUACUUGAUUGUCGCUGGCUUUGGAAAUCUCCAGGGAGAAGUCAACGUUUACGAUCGGCUGGCGGAUUUCAAGAAAGUCGCCACCAUCGACGGCUCCAACACGAGUGUCUGCGAAUGGUCUCCCGACGGGCAAUAUCUCAUGUUUGCUACCUGCUCUCCCCGUCUGCGUGUCGACAACGGCGUCAAGAUCUUCCAUGUCUCGGGCAAGCUUGUCUAUGUGAACGAGAUGGCGGAGCUGUUUGCUGCCUCGUGGAGGCCCGAGCCAGCGGAGACGUAUCCCCUGCGCUCGGCGGAUAUCAUUCCCGAGGCGCACGCGUCUGCUGCGUUGGUUGAAGUCAAGGCUCCCGUGAAGGCGGCGGGCGCGUACCGUCCGCCUCACGCUCGCGGGAGUGCUACGCCGCUGCAUUUCAAGCGCGAGGACGAAGGUGGACUGGCGUUCAGUCCCCAGGAUUCCGAUCGCCUGCAAAAACAGCGCGACGAGAUGCUGUCCAAGUCUGCGUUGAAGAACAAGAAGAAGCGAGAGGCGAAGAAGGCAAAGGAGGAUGCCGACAAGGCGCAGAAGGAUGCCGCGCCGACGACGUCUCCGACCGCUUCCUCGAACGCGACCGCCGAGGCUUCUCCUGUUGCUCCACCGCCUGGUCUUUCUGCUCCCAAGAACGGCAUGACGUUUGAGAAUCCGCAGGACGAGAAGAAGUACCGCGGUCUGAUGAAGAAGUUGCGCGCGAUCGAGGAUCUCAAGAUGCGACAGGCCGCGGGCGAGAAGCUCGAGGAUACGCAGCUGGCCAAGAUCAAGACCGAGGACACUGUGAAAAAGGAUUUGACUGCGCUGGGGUGGACUGAAUAA